UGCAGUAUCAGAGAGGAUGUAACCCGUGAAAUGGCUGUCAGAAAACCACAGAUUUAAACUGUUUUUAUAGGUGCAGGGUUUUCACAUCCAUCACACAUUGCAGUUAUCGAAAACUUCACCAUGACCUCCUGGGGGCCAAAAAUAUCCUCAUUUUUAUCAAGUCCAUCACAGUUUUUGUCUUGCACCACAGCUGAGAGUUUUUUAGCUGAACUUCUGGAUGAAUUAAGAGAUGACAAAGCCAGUGACAACAAAAAGAUACUCCUCUUGUCAGUAUUAUUGGAGCAUCCGGGAGUUCUUUGCCCAACCACGUCGGCAGGAGAGGGGACAGCACAGGAGCUCAUAUCAAUUCUCACAUAUACCCCUCAAAAAUCUGUCACUUUGAAGUGCCAUCUCAUGCUCGCUAUCACAAAUGUGCUGAUAUGUACGACCUGUUUGGCCAGCCAGGCAAAAGUCGCUGAGGACUUCUUAAACUUUCUGUUCAGAAACAUUCAGGACACAAAUGAUAAUUCAGGGGGCUUGUGUGUCCACGCUUUACGAGCCACGGCUUGCGAGUGUCUUCGAGAAAUGGAAAACUGCCAGCCUGGUCUACUUUCACAAAAGUUGGAGGCUCUUUACUACCUUAAGAACCAAGAAACAACGGUUCUUCAUCAGUCUUACUCUUUGCUGUAUUCUCUAGGGCUCAAGAAUGCAAUACAUCUGCUGGCAAAACAAAAAAAUGUGGACAAUGCAAAGCUCAGGGGUGUCCUUAGUGGAAAUGAAGGCUUUGUAUGGAAGGCCAUUGACUUGCCUUUGUCUGUGUUGCCUUUUGGCAUGAUCUCACAAGUUCCACAGCUGCCAACAACAUUGGAUUGCAAGGAUCUGCGGUCUAUUAUGUCCUUGCUCCUGGAAGAAUCCUAUUUGAUGACUCCUGCCUCACAGGUAGCAUUGCUUCGUGGACUUGUAGAAAUUGUUGCGAUGGUACCAGCUAUUACUCCGGCAGUAUUCAAGUCUCAGUUGUUAAGACUUUUUGGAACAACAGAGGUAGAGCUGAUGCAUGCCACACUCAUAAUGAAAGGGACAUUUACAGAUAGCCUCUUCACCGCUGAGGAUGAGAAUUUUCUGCUCAAGCGCCUUACUGGGAUGGCACAACAUCCGCUUCUGAAAACUCCAGAGAAACUGUUUUACAUGGACUGCAUCCUUCACUUUCCUGAAAACAGACCGAUCUCAAGCAGUGGAGAGGAGUCCCUACCUGUCCUGGUCACGCCUCAACUUACAUUAUCCUUGUUUCCUACUGUGUUUGAUGACAGUACCACCAUGCUCUGUAGACUGAAUCUUCUCUGUCUGGUACUUCUGGAGGCAGAUGAGGAUGAGGAAAGCAAAGGCUUAAGCUACCUUUUCGAUCACCUGAUGGCCUUACUUAAAAUAGUCAACAACCAAGGAAGCAGGGACAUGAUUACUAUGUUUUUCAGAGCAACCUUCAUUUUCCUCAUGCACUUCAACCACAUAAAGAAAUUCUCAAAAAAACUUGUCAGCAAGCUUUGUGAGCUGUAUUCCAAAAACUGUCAUCUCGCUCCGAAUAUGAUCAACCUCGCUGACAAAGUCCAAGAAUGCUUUGAAGAUUCGAUAUGGUCAGUACGGUUGUUAACAGCUCUUCAAAAGUGCAUUGUGGAAAUGCCACCUUUGCAACUGACCCUUCAGAAUUUGAGUUGGCACCUUAAAAUCUUGGCUCGAGUGGCACUCGAGAGUCAGAUUGCGCAGAGAAACACAAUCCACUUUCUUCUCAACAUCCUCAUCAAUUCCAAUCUUUGUGAAAGAAGGAGCUGGCAGGUUGGCACUGCAAUUCUGACUGUUUGUCGCAACUUGCUCCAGCAUCCAACCUUAAACGAGGUGUUUAUCGAACUGGCAGACCUUUUGCAGCAUAUGUUAAAACACUAUGAAGACUCAGAUAUUCAAGACCAUGCUCGGUUUUACUACACCCUUCUGACCAACUUGUCUUGGGAAAAACUCGCCGGAGUUCUUGCCAAAGCUCCAGAAGGAGGGCAGAUGAAAGUCCGAUCGAUGUCGGCCAUUGUGGCUGAAAGUGAUGGGCUUACCAGUUGCUUGACUGUUCAGAAGCCUGAAGGUUGUGUUCUACAGCUUACCAAAAUUGACAAGACUGACUCUCAGGGUGUAGGUCCAAUUACAGAGAGUCAGGAAGCUCUAGGACAGAGGGACUUAUUUGAGGUCUAUCAAGAUCAGUUUAAGAGCCCAGGCUUUGCAUCUGAGGUCACGUUAUGUUAUAACCUGACUCAUGCCAGUGUAAAAGAUGUUGGGUUUGACAGAAUUUACACAAUAUGCCUGCACUUUGACUUGAACACCUCCCACUAUGCAGAAGUCAAGGACAUUCAUGUGCCCUGCCUCUUCAGAGACAGAAAGCCACCUCAAGUUAACCUGACCUUAAGGCCACAUCAUCCUUACCCAACAAGUCUACGAGUAAGUGCUCUUUUUACGACUGAAGAUGGCCUCUCAUGGAACACUCAGCUGCCUGAUGUAGAGGUUUCAUUUCCAGAAAUAUUUCUCCCCAUGCCUUUGCCACAAGGGACAUCACCAGAGUCCAAAGAGGAAGUGUUCGACAAGAUUUGGAAAAACAUUUCAUCAGGGGAACCUAGCAGUUCUGAAACUAGCCUGUAUUGUUUUAAGACUGACAGGGACACACUAGCUAAUCUGAUAGAAGAGUAUUUUAAGGGCUACCUUGUAGCACAGACUAAAGACCAAGUUUGCAAAGUCCUGUUUUAUCUUCCACCUUUUUUCCAUGUUUUGUUGAUGAUCAGUGAGGCAGAGGAUGCUGUUCAACUCAGAAUUGCAACAGAAAACUCAGAGCUGCUGCCUCACAUCAACUCUUAUCUUCAGAGUAUAACUGGAAACAGUAGCUUGACAAAUGCUAGAAAAUAGUACGUUUAUAGGUACUUAAGGAUCACAAUGGGGAGACAUUGGUUUUGUGGACAUAGUAUUCUAGUUGUCUGAUUUUAAUAAAUACAGAAUUUUAUCAUGUUUAUUACAAUUUAAUUGUAACUACUAAUUAUAUUUUGAUACAUUUGCAUUGUCAUUAAUAAAAAA